AUGCCCCGCCCCAUGGCACGACGUAUUGAAAUGGUGAUGAUCGCUUCCUCAACGGCCAUCCGUGCGACCGACCAAUCGCCAUCGACCAUCUUUGUGACGGUGUUCAACGUCACCGAUCCGGUCAACGUGUGCAGCAGCGUGGCCACGGCCACGCAGCAAACGGUAGCGUGCGACCGAGCGACUGACGUUCAAGCUGGCGCGCCUGAGUUUACCUAUAAGUUUGCCACGCGACCCCCCUUAUGGUCAUCGCUGCAAACUCGACACGUCACGGCGGCCCGAUAUGAGUGCGACCCCGCAAGCUUGUCCAAAGAGGAUUUGUAUGCUCCAAUGUCCACGUUUGUCGGCCAACGCGUCAUCCGCAUCACCCCGCGCCCCUUCGCCCGAGGUUGCGAGCGUGCAGCGUUCUAUGCUCAAACGUUGGGUUUGCAACCGCAAAACUCGACAUCGCACAUGAAAACGAGGGAAGGGCAGGCGAUGGCGGUGGCGUUGACGCGAGCGUUCAACAAUCUCAUGAACAAGAAUCACUCAACGUUCAUUUCGCUGACGUUUCUGGAAGCCAGUGUGGCCAAGCUUGACGAGCCCGUCGAGUUUGUCGCGAUGGAGCGCUUGUUGUCCAAUUUUGAGCGCUUCUCAAACAGCGUCGACUGGCACUCCCCCCUCGCGACAACUGAACCGUGCGUGCAGUAUGCAGUGGCGUUUACUCACUGGACGUGGGCAGCCACCAACGGGUAUUUGAUGGUCGUGGACUUGCAAGGCCAGCGAGUGGACCACCACACGCUUGUGCUCACCGACCCAGCCAUCCACUGCAUCAUCGGAGUGCGCUUCGCUGGCGGCACAAACUUGGGGCCACGAGGCAUGGCCAAGUUUUUGCCACACACGUGUGCAAUGACUAUUGCGCAAAGUUCAAGAUGCUACUGA